AUGGACACUGCGGGCAGCAUGAUCACCGUGGUCGCAGUGUGCGCCGUGGCCACCGCGUGCACCAUGGUUGCCACGUGCACCGUGUGGCCCGGUGAGAGUGGGAAAAGCACGUUUAUCAAGCAAAUGCGUAUCAUUCAUGGCGUGGGCUACUCUGAGGAGGACCGCAGAGCCUUCCGGCCGCUCGUCUACCAGAAUAUCUUCGUCUCCAUGCAGGCCAUGAUCGAAGCAAUGGACCGGCUGCAGAUCCCCUUCAGCAGGCCUGACAGCAAGCAGCACGCCAGCCUGGUGAUGACUCAGGAUCCCUAUAAAGUGAGCGCGUUUGAGAAGCCAUAUGCAGUGGCCAUGCAGUACCUGUGGCGGGAUGCGGGCGUCCGUGCAUGCUACGAGCGCAGGCGUGAAUUCCAUCUGCUGGACUCCGCGGUGUACUACCUGUCACACCUGGAGCGCAUCGCUGAGGACGGCUACGUCCCCACUGCGCAAGACGUGCUGCGGAGUCGCAUGCCCACCACAGGCAUCAAUGAGUACUGCUUCUCCGUGCAGAAGACCAAACUGCG